UGUAAUAUGUUAAUGCUCGGAGAAACCUCAAAGAAUUGAGUGUCAAUUGAAUAGUGAACAUUACCAUGGGGCGGGGUUGCUUGUGAAGUUGGCCUGGACUUGCAUACGGUUUCUGGAAAAACGUCCCUCUGUGUGGAAUAGAGAAGAUGCGCCCUUGACAUCAGUGUGCUUCGAGAAGGGAGUGGCAGAAGUAGCUAUCAGUUAGCAACUUUUUUUGUAUCAAUAAUCAAUACUUUGAAUCAGGAAACCAAUUUUGGAUGUAAGGAAAUAUUCAUUUUGUUCUUUUGAUUGACAACUGCCAUAGAAAAUGGUCUUCUCAAGCGGAUCAAAAUCUACUUGGACAAGGGUAAUCUUGCCUUGCUGUCUCGUAACGUUGACUGCGCUGCUUCUAGCAAAGCAGAGUACAUCUUAUGUUCAUCACCGUACGACGACUGAUCUGAAUGAUGAUAUAAUGAGGACCAUUCAACAUACUACCAAAUGGGAGGAAAUGAGAGAGAAGAUCUAUCUUACAGGGAUUGGAAAUAGACAAAAGAAAACUAGUCGCAGAUCCCCUGAAUACCUCCACCACCAAUUCAACAAGCUUAACAAAAGAAGCAAGCGCUUCGCCAUGGUUGCUAGGAUUGCAGAAAAUGUAACCAGGAUUUACGGGAAAAGGCAGAUUAACUCCGUAUCACCUGACGCUCUUCCUGAGCUAUGUCGAAUGGCCGGCUUCAAUUUCACCUUCAAAGAUUGCCCAGAAUCAACAAGGAUCCGCCGAUUUGAUGGGGCUUGUAACAAUCUCGUCCAUGUCAAUGUUGGGAAAGCUUUCGCCCCAUAUCAAAGGUUCAUCCCACCUGAUUUUGCUGAUGGUAUUCAAUCCAUUCGUCAGAGCGUACUUGGAGGUCCCUUGCCCACAGCUAGAACAGUCUCUUCGAAUAUCCUUCAUUUUGAACAUGUCUUUGAGCCAGGCUAUACGGCAAUUAUUUCCCAUUUUGGGCAGUUUCUGGAUCAUGACUUGACAAGUUCCGGGGCGGAUUCAAGGGAAUGUGAUGACAACAACUGCAACCAAUCGCCAUUCUGUAUGCCAAUCAUGAUUGACCAGCCAGAUGAGUUCUUUGACAAACCUUGCAUGCCAUUCGUUCGGUCCCUCCCUAGUCCUGGACCCGACUGUCAACCGGGACCACGACAACAGCUCAAUCAAGUCACUUCAUUCCUAGAUGCAUCUCAGGUCUAUGGUUCAUCCAAAACCGAAGCGGAUUUCUUGAGGGACAAAACAAGAGGUCGAGGUCAGCUGCGAUCUCUACGUGAUCCAGUAUCCCCUAACAAUCGUCCAUUGCUACCCCUGGAUGAGGAGCAUAAAGAUUGUAUAUUUGAGCGCGUGGAUAGGAAGUGUGGUCUGGCAGGUGACCAUCGAGCUGCUGAGCAGCCCGGCCUUACAGCUCUCCAUACACUCUUUCUUCGGAUGCAUAACUCCAUUGCAUCAAGUCUUGUCAAUAUAAACCCUUCUUGGGACGAUGAUAGACUCUUCGAAGAGGCACGGCGGAUCGUGGUCGCAUCUUGGCAGCACAUCGUCUAUACUGAAUACCUUCCGACGUUGCUUGGUAGGACAUCCUUGAUCAGUGACGGACUCCGUGGUCAUCCCACAGCACAGUUCUUCGGUUACGAUGUCGAUGUUGACCCUGUGAUCUCGAACGUCUUCGCGGGCGCUGCAUUUCGCUUCGGCCACAGCCAGGUGCCCAAUAACUUUUCGAGGGUAAACCAGGAUUAUCAGCCGGUCUUUCCACCGCUGCUUACAAUCGAAGCAUUCUUCAAUGCCUCACAUGUAUUUGAUGCUGCUAAUGGUGGACUAGAUUCCUUGAUAAGGGGUAUGUUAGUACAGCAGGUGGCCAAGGUUGAUGGCUAUAUCAGUCGUGGAUUGACUGCUCAUCUAUUCGCAGAUCUUCCAGGAGGAGAAGGGUUAGAUCUUGGAGCUUUGAAUGUUCAAAGAGGCAGGGAUCACGGUCUCCCUAGUUAUAAUACAUGGAGACAGUGGUGUGGACUGAGGAGGGCCAGAAACUUCAAUGAUCUCGCAAAUGAGUUUGAAUCAGGAGCAAUAAUCAAGUUCCAAAGGACAUACAGACAUGUAGAGGACAUCGAUCUAUUCGUUGCCGGUAUCUCUGAACGUCCUAUGCGAGGGGCGUUGGUUGGACCUACCCUGGCAUGUAUCAUAGGUCGACAGUUUCAGACGCUGAAAUUCGGCGAUCGCUUUUGGUACGAGAAUGCACAAGGAGAUCAAUCAUUUACUGCAGAUCAACUGCAGGAGAUCCGUAAGGUGACUAUGGCUCGAGUGAUAUGUGACCAUGCUAAUGGAAUGAGGACCAUUCAAUCUCUUGUCUUCAGGGAACCUACAAGAUCUCCAGGCGCACCCGGAGCUGAAAGGUCAUUCUUUCGGUACAAUAGUCGACAUCAGUUCCCGGACAUUGAUGGCGAGUUACCUGGUUUUGCUAAUGUUCGUGUAGCAUGUAGUGAUGAUAAUAUCAUACCGAGACUUAGUCUCGAACCAUGGAGGAGUAGUGCAACGUUUAGGCGACAAUCAACUGAUAAAGGAAACAGCCUGAAAUCUGAGGAUGGAGAGGUACUCUUGACGGUCAAGAAGAGAUCACCUUGGUGGUACCGAGUACACGGAUCUGGAAAUGAAACUCCUCUCAACCUCCGACAAAACUUACAACUUCGAGAAAGAAAACGACCAAAGAAUAACAACUGAAAUGAAAGAAUCGUGUCUGGAUUAAAAUUAAGUUUAGUUUUCACCCCCCAUUAAGAGUUCCAAUUAUAUCUGCAGACCAAUUAAUUAGAAUUCGAGCAUCUGAAGCAGAACCAGAUUGACUUUGAUGCACCAGAUCAUCUGGCGUAUAACAAUUUGAAUAAAAAAUAGUAACGACAAUAACAGCCUUUUUCAAAAAAAAGUGCUGAAAGAUUUUUUUUUUAGAAUCAGUUAAUAAAUGAAAAUCACAUUUUGUGUCUCCAUGUUUUAAACAAUGCCCAGUUUUCAGCAUGACCAAUUGUUAUAAGUAUUAAAAGAAAUGAUUAUCAAUUUUGAUGAAAUUAUUUAUAAAAACCAUAUGAAAAUGAGUUUUUUUUUAUUUCAUUGCACCUCCCCCUUCCAUAGUUAAUUGAAAACUAUUUUGUAUAUUUUUUAACCAUUUUUUUUACCAGAAUAAUUCCAUUGGUAAGUGUGCAUACACACAUGAACUAUUGAUUUAUGAAAUGGGAAAAUUUAUAU